UUGCAAUAUUCUUGACUUAGUACUACAAUGCAGUUCUUAAAUAUUACAGUGUUAUUGGCAAUAGCUUUCGUUGGCUCUUUAGCCACGAAACCAUCAUACGGAAAUUCAGAGCAUCUUGGGAAAUGUGUUUAUUUAGAUCUUAUACUCUCACCCGGAGAGCAUGCAAAACCUGCAACAAAAUGUGAACGAUUCCAUUGCGAGGAAGGCCUUAAAGGAAGAGUUGAACCAUGUGAUUAUAGUUUAAUCAUUUUGGAGCCUCCUUGCUGGUGGAGUGAUGAAUUAGAAGAUCCUAAUCAGCCAUUCCCUCAGUGUUGCAUGAGAAAAGUUAUUUGUCCCCCUGACUGGGGUAACUAGACAAGGUUAAUUUAUUAAAAUUUCUAGCGUAUUUCUUAACCUUGUGGUAAUGAAGGAAUUGAUUAAAACAAAUAAAGAAUACUUUGAAUAUUUUA